AUGACGGAGCCCUUCUUAACACUGGUCGAAAUGGGGAAUGGUGAUGUGCCUGAUGCAGUGAGGUGCUGCCUUUGUUAUGUUGCUCGAACUGUUGAAAUUCUCUUCAAUACUGUGAAGAUACAGUGUUCAGAUCCGUGUGCUGCUAAUGACAACUCAUGUGACGUAAGUGAAACGUUUCUGAUGAUCAAUGGAACUGUGCUAAGAUCUCAAAUGUCCCUAAGAAACCACAGAAUAUUGGAAUCAUUCUUUAAUCAAAAUGUUGAAUCUAGUAAGAAAUUAGCCCGUGAGAACAAAUUAUCAAGAUCUUCUAAGUUAGGUUUACUUCAUCAAAUAGAAGAAAGUGAAAAAAACAUGUAUGUUGGAAAUCAUUUAGAUCCACGUUUGGCUGAUCCAAAAGCAUCCAGAAUGUCUCAUUUAAGUCGACUUAGGCAAAGACCAACCUUUGCUAGAGAUAAUGGAUUUAGUUCACACCUUGGCAGAGCAAACCAUCUUCAGUGGAACAUUAAUGGAGGGAGAACUGGUAAACAUAGUCCUUUGAACUUAUUCAAUUCUGACGAUAUUCCCCUGCAAAACCAUCGACCACCCAAACAUCUUAAUCAUGGGCCUCAUCUGACCACAAGUGCUUCCAGUGUUGAUAAAAAUGUAAAGCAUAAAAAGCACAAAGUUAUCAAGAGAGUUAGGCGGGGCAACCUCGAAGAUCAAAUAGAAAAUAUCAAGCAGGAAGUGAAGUCGACUACAGUUUUUACAUUCAAAGAAACAACUACAGACAAACCAAACGUAAUGUAUGAAUUUGAUGAACAUUACCCAGAUAUUAUAGAACUGAACAUUUCUACUCCAGAAUCUGAAAAUCCACAAACUGUAGUGGAGUCCCCAGAAGUGGAAGUUUCUAUGUUUGAAAUACCCAGUAUUCCUCCAGAAAACAGUGAAAUACCUCAAGCCAUUAUUGAAAUGGAAAAUAGAUCAGAUGAUAGUUAUUCAGAAAAACAUAACAUUGAGUAUGUAAUAGCUGAGCAAAAGCCACUGCUAAGGAAAGCACUUGACCCUGGACAUUUCAGUAGGUCUAUGCAAGAUACUGAGAUUAUUGAUGUGGGUAAUAAUGAAGCAUAUACAGUUAAUAUUUCAGAUGGGUCUUGGCACAAACCACUAGGUCAGUUCCUGGAUAAAGCUGUGCAGAAUGAAGUUGAGCCAAAUUCUGUAACACAAUCCAACACUAAGCUAACUCAACUUGAAAUUAUUAAACUACUCGAAGAUGCAUACAAGCAAUCUACCGCAGAGACCAAUCACACUGAAGAGACCAGUACGACCAGAGUUUCAGAACACCGGACAACCACUCAGGCUGUGGAGAAAGUGGAAGACGAUAAAGAAGAAGCAGGGGGAAAAGAAACAGAUGUAUUCCCUCCACCAAUAUCGCGACCACGACCACAGCCGCGUCCACAUCCGCAUGCACACAAAGGACAUGAAGCAGGAACGUAUGUACCGAAUUAUGCUGAAAUGCUUAAUACAGAACCGUCAAAGAAGCAGAUGAGUUUAUCAACAGUGGAGUAUGGACACAAGCUUCUUCUGGCUAUCGCUGUUACCGUUGUAGUGAUGAUUAUUAUUGCAGUGGUUUGUCUAAUAGAGAUUUGCUCUCAAAGGUCAGAAUCAAAGACACCUUAUGCUUCAGGAGAUGCUGGUUGUAAAAGGCCAUACAAAAGCCCUCUGAAGAAAGUGACAGAGCGAAUAACUGGGAAGAGUUCAGCUAAAGAUGCACAGAAGGCACCUCUGUUGGAUGAGGAUAUAGAUCUUCCAAAGCCACUUUGGCUUCAAGAUUUGUACCAGCCUCUGGAUUCAGUUCGUAAGAAAUCAAUGGGUCAUGGAUCACAUUAUAAAGAUUCCUCGGAAGAAGAAGAAGUAUUUAGCAGAGCAAAUGUGAGUGGACGCUCUGAUGCCAGGAAUCCAUAAGGACCCCUAAGAAAAAUCAACACGUUCGCUUCACAAGGAGCAUCCUGCAAAGAGCCAAAUACUUUGUUUGAGAAGAAUUCCUUUUUUAAUAAAAUAAUGUGCUAACACUUGUCAAUUAAUAGUUUUAUAAUACAAAUAUAAUUUGUACUUUAUAUGCAAGAAUUGAAACUGUCAUUGUGAUGUAACCGUCUGCAUAAAUGUCUACUGUAUAUCACUGGUGAAUAACAGUUCUUUCAGUUUCAGCUUCAGAAAAUAAAAAGCAUAAAAUAAGUAUGAAAUAUAAAAAUACUACUGUUUGGCAAUAGACAGUAGAAAUAACAAGCCAUGCCCCAGCAGCAUUCACUUUAUACAGUCACAGCUAAACUGUGUCUAUUAUAACCAAGGCAGUAUAUUUCUUGAAAAGCUCUCAAAUACUACUUCACCAUUAUUUAAUAAUUUGUGUAAAAAUAUGUGUAAAUAUUGACUGCCGGUAAAUGUUGCAGUGAUAAACUGCUGACCUAGAAAGAAUGUGUUGCAGUGUGCCAAGGUCCAAAAUUUGAAGCUACUACGGAGGUCUCCCCUAACAAAUGUAUCAGUUUGCUAUGUAUAGCUCAUUCUGUGGUCAGUGUAUGUUUUGAUAUAUCCUUGAGCUAAAUUUGUUUCACAAAUUGAACAUUCUCAUUCACUUUGUGAAGGCAUUAGCCUGUCUAUCCCACCAGUCAUAUAUUCUUGUCUAUUGUGCACAAAUAUCAAUUACUGGAGACUAUUACUCAAUGUCAUCAAUUAGGCAUGCCUAAAGGUAAAAUAUUUUCUUCUUACAAGAUGACUCUAUGAGCAGAAAUGUCUAUUAUUUCAAUUAAAAGAGUAUAAUAAACAUGUGCAUAGGGUGGUCCACAUUACAGUGUAAAAGUUGGCUAUUUUCUUAGAUGGUUGCUAAAUGGCACUGGAAAUCUACGUCACUAUGUUGAUAGCAAAAUUAUCACAGUGUGAGAGGGAG